AUGGCUUCUGUGUCUUUCCAAAUUGGGGAAAAAUUCCCUACUUUCUUAAGUCUGCAAACCAAAAUAGAACAGUAUCAAAGUGCUAAUAAUGUUCAGUUGUACAGACGUAGUUCUCGCUCUCUGUCAGCUGCCAAAAGUAGGUGUCCAAACAAAGUGUUCAAUGAUGAUAUUAAAUUUUGGGAAUUAUCAUACAGUUGUAUUCAUGGAGGGAAGCAGUUCAAAGCACGUGGAUCGGGUGCGCGUAACCAGAGCUUAAGAAGUUUCUACAGUUUUUUUCAGUUAUUCUGUUUGUUGUGCCUAAACGCUAUUUAUUGUGUUUUUAGCACAUUCAGAAUGGGCUGCAAGGCAGAAGUAAGACUACAUGCAUCGGCUGACGGUCAGACCCUUGAAGUGAAAUAUGUCAAUGAAAUACAUAAUCAUGAUGUGAACAAAACUAUGUUCCGCAAUCUUUUCCAACAACGCCGUUUGUGUGCAGAAGACAAGGAAAAUAUAACUUCCAUGUUAGACGUAAAAGCGAACAAAAAAAUGAUCCAACAAAAAGUCAUGUCGGAAUCUGGGAAAGUGAUUACAUUGAAAGAUAUCCAUAAUAUCAAAGCCUCCUCGAAAUCUAACGUGUCCGAUUUGACAGUGCUACAGCGCGCCGUAGAACACCUCAGUACAAAUCUGGGUGCCUUUGUUAAGGUUAUUUCCAACGAUGAAAAUGAAAUGCGCGGACUGUAUUUCCAAGACCAACGAAUGAGGCAGACAUUUGAGUCUUACCCAGAAUUCAUUUGUGUAGACGCAACUUAUAAGGUCAAUGAUCUCCGCAUGCCACUUUACAUACUUCUGGUAGAAAAUGGCAAUGGCCAAAGUGAGGUAGUUGGAAUAUGGCUUGUAGCUGACGAGACUGAAGACAUGAUUACACAAAUGGUAUCAAUGUUCAAAGAACAAAAUCCCGCUUGGUCACAGGUGAAAACUGUAAUGUCAGAUAAAGAUUUCGUCGAGCGUGAAGUCUUUAGUAAAGAGUUCCCAGAUGCCUCGCUUAGAGUCUGUCUAUUCCAUGUAUUGCGCACGUUUCGUAGGGAAGUCACUUCAGAAAAAAUGGGCGUGAAUAGAGCUCAGAGAGACAGUGUCUUACAAAUUCUCCAGAAGAUAGCGUACUCGAACUCUUUGUCAGAAUAUAAGGACAACAAAGAAUUGCUUGAAGGUACAAACAUUCAGCCUGCAAUCGCUUACUUCAGUCAACAUUGGGACUCAAUAAAAGAUCAAUGGGUAGUGGGUCUGUCUAGCUCUUACUCUUUAGGAAAUAAAACAAAUAACAGACUAGAAAGUAUUAACCAAAAAAUCAAGCAAGUAGUGGACAAAAACGCAAAAUUUGAUUCAUUUGCGGCGGACAUGUGUACUUUCCUUGAAACGCAUCGCACUGAAAUUGAUGGAAAAGUUUGCCAAGCCAGUUCGAAGGUGCCAGUUACAUAUGUAGGCGAUGAAACAAAUGUGAAAACAAUCUUGAGGCAGAAUCUCACCCCAUAUGCAUUCAAUAUUCUUGAUAAAGAACUGAACAGAUAUGAAAAUGUUGAUUUAAUGCCGCACGCAGCUGACUCAUUCAAGGUGAACAACACAGCAAUAAUCGCAACAAGUGAGUCGUGUUCAUGUACUUUUAACAGUCAGUUUAUAUUGCCGUGCAGACACAUAUUCGCAGUAAGAGCCAAACUGGAACAACCAAUUUAUGAUGAAACUUUGAUUCCCCGAAGGUGGACGCGAAAACACUAUCUUCACUCAUUACAUAUCACACAGACGGACAAUAUCAUGUCAACUGACCGGCAGCAAAAAACGGCUAAACCAACGUCUCAGCAACAGCGCUACAGAGCGGCUUUUCACAUCUCUCAACGUCUGGCUUCAUGUGCCGCGGAAGAAACUGGCGGCGUCUUUGACUUACGUCUACAGCAAUUAAGUACUCUUCUGCAAGCAUGGGAGAGAGGUAAAGAUGUUGUCAUUGAGGCAUCAACGGAUUCAGCAACGGAGAUUGAAACCAAUCAACCAGAAUUGAUUUUAGCGGAAACGGAAAAUGACUGUAAUGGUACUGAAACUGCGUUAAUGACACUCCUGUUGAAGUUCAACAAAUAA